GUGGGUGUUCGCCGCAGGCUGCCCAAGCUGUUGUCAGACAAGACUGGUAGCGGCGUGGUUGCCGGGCUCUCUGCAGAGGCCGAAGUGAUUGCGGGUGUCCAACGGUUGAUUGAAGCCACGUCUAAGACUCUGUGGAUGAAGAAAACUAUUUUGAUUUCAGUGGUUUAAAAAGAGCAUUUCGAUUUUACCUGCUUGACUACGUCUUUUCAGCAGAAUUGAACCCCGCCUCCACGUCCGAGGUUCCGCGCUGCCAGCGCUCCGGUGCAGGCGCGCGUUGUUAUUGUUGCUCCAGCGGCCGUUUUCUUGCCAUCCUUACUUGCAGAUUUAGGUGCAUGAAUAGGGUCAUUAGGAUUAAUGACGAAAUAUGACUUGGGCGUCUUUAGUCCUGGGUUAAAUACCACAAUUUAAGUUUUCAGCUUUGUGGAUAUUCUGUGGAUUUUCUUUAUGUGAAUGACUGCAUCGUUCAUUAUUAUUUUUGGAAUUCCCUUAUUGUUAUCGUGUUCCUCCCUCUUCCUGCUCCUUCUGCUCCCUUGGCCCUCGAAGCGAUAAACAUUUUGUUCUGAAGUUUUGGGAACCAGAAGAAAGUUCUUCCAUUCAGAACUGUGGGGCUGUUUGUUACAGUAUGAAAGGCUCUGAAGUUAGCCCGGAAGAGAGAAAAAGGCUUAAAAUGCCACCGAGGAGACUUCGUGAGGUCGUUUCUCCAAAUCAGGGAAGUAAUUUGGCUUUGCUGAAAGAUGAGUUGCCCUGUCUUCCUCCAGCGCUGCCUGCAAAUAAACGUCUUCCCGUUGGAGUGGGGACGAGCAGGAGCAGAACUUUACCUGGUUCAUCAGACUUACCUUCUGCUAGAAAUAAUCACCAGCCUCUGUUAGAAAAUCCCACUGCAUCCGAAAGUGAUUUCUCUAAAGAUGUUGCAGUACAGGAGUUACAUUUGGAUAAAGCAGAAGAUAGCAGCAGAAAAGAAGCAGAUGACAUCUUUAUUUCUCAGUACUCUGUGGGGCAGAAAGAUGCUCUAAGGACGAUUUUAAAGCAAAAAGCGCAAAGCGUGCCUGCUUUUAAGGAAGUGAAGGUCCAACUUUUAGAAGACACAGGCACAGAGAAGGGUGCUGCGCCUCAGGAGGCCAGAGUUUCCCCUAGUGGCAUUGAUUCCGCUACCACCGUGGCUGCAGCAACUGCCGCCGCCAUUGCCACAGCAGCUCCGCUGAUCAAGGUGCAGAGUGAUUUGGAAGCAAAAGUUAAUUCUGUUACAGAAUUACUUAAUAAGUUAGAGGAGACUGACAAGCACUUAAAACGUGUUACAGAGCAGCAGACAAGCAUUCAGAAUAAACAAGAGAAACUGCACUGUCAUGACCAUGAGAAGCAAAUGAAUGUAUUCAUGGAGCAGCACAUUAGGCACCUGGAAAAAUUACAGCAACAGCAAAUAGAUAUCCAGACCCAUUUUAUUAGCGCUGCACUCAAGACCCAUGCUUUUCCGCCUGCUGGCACGCUUGCCUCCAGAGCCAUGGAGAAGCACUCCAGAGAAUCAGGACGUCCUCAUCUCAGCAGCAGCACGCCGUCUGCGCAUAUCCCAUUUGCUUCCAAACCAGCAACUUUAAGGAAAGUUGAAGAUACAGAUUUUGAUGAGCAGAAAUCUCCUUUGGAGACACCAACGCCUCGAAGGUUUGCCCCUAUACCUGUUUCAAGAGAUGGCGAAAUAUCAAAGAGGGAAAAUCUCAUAGAAGAAAAAGAAAACAUGGAAAAAUCAAAUCAUAGAGGAAAUACAAGAUUUUUAGAACAAAUUUUGAAUAAUAAUGACUCUUCCACAAGGAAAAGUGAAUCAUCAGACAUAACCUCACUUAGUAGGUCAAAAGUAGGAUGGAAUCCUGAGAGAAGAGACGGCUUUGAAAUUGUGUCUUCUCAAAGAUUUCCUUCUUCUGAAGAGCAAGAGACAGCUAAUGUGGCCAAACAGAAGCCUAACGAUGUUCUUCAUGAUCUUGGCCAGAAAAGGAAAGAAACCAGUGGUGUGCUGCAGAAUUCUGCUAAACUUCAAACAACAAAUACAAUGAGAUCUGUACUGAAAGAUGCUGAGAAAAUUUUGAGAGGAGUACAAAACAAUAAAAAAGUACUUGAAGAAAACCUGGAAGCUAUUAUUCGAGCAAAGGACGGAGCUGCUAUGUAUUCAUUUAUCAAUGCUUUAUCUACCAGUAGAGAGAUGUCAGAGAAAAUUAGGAUCAGAAAGACAGUAGAUGAGUGGAUUAAAGUUAUUUCUGCGGAAAUUCAGGAUGAACUGGCAAGAAAAGAUUAUGAACAAAGGAGAUUUGAUCAGAAGAAUCAAAGGACUAAGAAAGCACAGAAUAUGAGUAAAGAUAUGAAAGUCAACAAACAAGACAAAACUGUAAAUAAAUCUGUAAUUCUAAGAAAACCUCAAAAACAAGUAGAGGAUUAUCUCAGAAGUCCAUCUAUGAGGAGCAUGGCUACUUCCAGUUUACAGAAAGAGAGAAAAGAAGGGCCUUUGAAAUCAUCCACAGUGAUACAAGAUGAGGAUCACAUGUCCCAAGUAUAUGGAAAAGCAGUUUAUCAGGGCCAUCGCAGCACGCUGAAGAGAGGCCCGUACCUCAGGUUUAAUUCUACAGCUCUGAAGUCCAAACCACAGAGACCAAAAGUAAUAGAGCAAGUUAAAGGCACUAAAGUCAAGUCAAUACGAACACAAACUGACUUUCAUGCAACAAAACCUACAAAGACAGACUCUAAAAUGCAACAGUCCAUUACUGCCCUACCUCACAGUGAGCAGCAGUAUCUGUUCAGCCCAAGCAGAGAAAUGCCUACGUUUUCAGGUACUCUGGAAGGUCAUCUAAUUCCUAUGGCAAUUCUUUUAGGACAAACCCAAAGUAAUAGCGAUUCACUACCACCCGCGGGAGUCAUGGUGCACAAGCCACACCCUGUCACUGUGACCACGUCCAUUCCUCCAGCAUCGCGAAAAGGAGAGCCCGGAGUCAGGAGACCUAACAUAGCAGUGAUAGAAAUGAAGUCAGAAAAGAAGAGUCCUCCUCAGCUCACUGUGCAGGUAUUACCCAAUGUGGACAUUGAUAGUCCUUUAAACGGCAGUACCUCUGCCAGCUCGCCUCUGCCCAGUCCCGAGGGAGCACCUCUUCCUCCGCUGCGGACGUGCAUACAGACUCCAGAAUUUAUGAAGGUAGAUGAAGAAGAGGUGAAGUUUCCAGGAACUAACUUUGAUGAAGUAAUUGAUGUUAUUCAGGAAGAGGAGAAAUGUGAUGAAAUUCCAGAAUGCUCUGAACCAAUGCUGGAGUUUAACAGAAGCGUUAAAGUUGCUUCCACAAGAUAUAAUGGUCCUCCAUUCCCACCAGUUGUUUCAACUUCUCAGCCCACUGCUGAUAUUCUGGAUAAAGUAAUCGAGAGAAAAGAAACAUUAGAAAAUCACUUAAUUCAGUGGGUGGAACAAGAAAUAAUGUCAAGAAUUAUCUCUGGGCACUUUCCAGUCCCCUCGCAGACCAGACUUCCUGCCAGUGUCUCAGUCAGUGAGGCCAGUGAGCCAUCAACUCCUGACAUCGUGGAAGGAACCUGUGGUGGUGCCCUCCAGCUUUUUGUUGACGCAGGCGUUCCUGUGAGUUCAGACACGAUCAGGUGUUUGGUGAAUGAUGCUCUUGCUGAGACCAUUGCUGGCAUGCUAGGCGACAGGGAAUCGAAGAAGCAAGGUCCUGGCGCUGCAGAUGUUCCUGCUGAUGUCUCAACAAGUGAAACGCCCUUGCUGACAAGAAUAUGUACUCCAGUGGCUACUCCACAGCCUACGCCUCCUUGCUCCCCUUUGGCACCUCCUGAAGAGUGCAUGCUGGUGAAGACGCCUGAUUCUUCUCCCUGUGGUUCAUAUCAUGAUGUUGCUUUUGUGAUGAAAGAAAUCUCUGCUAAAAAUGAGAAAUCUUUAGGAAAUGAUAUGCCUGCCAUCACACAUGUUAAUACUCCUGCAGUUACCCCAGCUGCCACACCUCCUCCAGCAGCAGCUCUUACGCCAAGUUUGUCAGAGAUUUCCAUUGAUAAGUUGAAGAUAUCAUGCCUGGAGCUUCCCAAGCCAUGGGGGGAUAGAGACCUCCCAUUGGAGGAAGAGAACCCUCACUGUCUUCAAGAGGAACUUCCUUACCCAAGAGCACUGGUGAUGUCUGUGGCGAAGGACGAAGAACCUGAGAGUGUGGACUCUCCGGCUCAGCCUGCUCCUGCAGAACCGGUUCCCUUCACCCCGCUACCUGCGGGCACCGAGGCCCCUGCCUCCUUGCGGAUGCCGAGCUCCAGCUCGUCCACACUGGAGAGCACACUGAGCAUCACUGUCACCGACGCGGAGACUCUAGACAGGCCCAUCUCAGAAGGGGAGGUUGUGUUCAGUUGCGGUCAAAGAUUGGCUCCCAAGAUGUUAGGAGGUGGAGAGCUUUAUCUGACAACCCUAAAUGAUAGCUUCUCCAGUACUCUGCACGAUGCCCUGGAAAUGGAAGAUGACUCUCCCAGUGAAGGACAAGUAAUCAGGAUAUCCCAUAAAAAAUUUCAUGCAGAUGCACUUCUUCCUCUUCUUGCUAAACAGAACCAGGAAUUACUAGUUUCGCAGCAAGCAGUCUGUCACUCAGAGGACUUGGAAAACAGUAUGGGCGAACUUAGUGAAGGACAGAGGCCCAGGCUGACAGCAGCAGCAGAGCACAUCUUACUGGGACAGUCCCUCUGUAUGCAGCAGUGCAUCGUCAAUGAGGAGUCUGUGGGUCAGCCUUGCGAUCCAAAGCCGUUGUUUCAACAAUCUGACAUAGUUUCAGGUGGGAUUUAUGAAGAUUCCUGUGCUAGUCAUGGCCCGAUGAGUUUGGGAGAGUUGGAGUUGCAGACAAAUUCCAACACUGUUCUUCCCACAGCCCUGCUGAAGACCCAAGGGAGUGGUGCUUGUUUACUGGAAGCAGCUGAAGAUGUUUUUCAGAAUCAACAAAACCAAGACCAGAAUGUUAAGCAAGUUGAGCACAAGCCAGUACAAAGUCGUUUAAUAUGUGUACGAAAUAUAUCUGAUAUUUCACCUUCACGAGGUGGCGAGGCGGUGCCCUGCUUCACUUCACAGCCGUCCCCUGCCAGAAUGUGCGUGACGCUGCCCGCAGUGAACCUGGAGGACUGCUCCCCAUCCCAGAGUGUCAGCGCCAUCCAGGGGGACACGGGGUCCUCGGGGGCAGACACCUUCUGAGCCAGCAAGAGCCAGCCGUGCACAGCGGGACUUCACUGCAUUCGGAACUGUCUCAGACUAUUUCAGUCUCAGCGUAUUCGGGAGAACAUUCCUAGUUUCUUACUGAAAAUGAAAAACACAAUUAGGGUAUGAAAGCAGAGUUUUUGAAUAAAAUAAAAUGAACCAUUAUGAGUCCGCCUAUAAGUUGUUUCUUAGGAGUCCGAGGUUGCAUGGGAUAAUGGAAAGAGCAUGGCAUUUUCAUCUAAGAAUUAUUUCACAGGUACAGCUGUGACCGAACUCACGAAAUGCUCCACUCAGGGUUGUUUAUUCCAGCAUUUGUAGUAGUAGCAAAUAGGCAGAAGUAAUCUAAUGCCCACCGAUAAGGGACUGGUUAAAAAAGUAAUGGUAUUGUUGUACACUGGAAUACUAUGUGGUACAAAAAAGAGUUUUUUAUAAGGAAUUAUCUCUAAGAUAUGUUGCUAGUUGAAAAACGUGUGUGCAAAACGGUGUGAACUAUGCUACUGUUGUUCAAAGUGAAUUGGGGGAACCCAAAUAUAUGAUGUUUACACACA